UAAUCCAGUCAAUCAAGUUUCCCCGUCUCCAAAACCAUGGGAGAAUCUCCUCGGGUGAAGGAAGCCUUUGCGGCUGCCACCAGGUUUCUGGAUCCUUCUGAAGAGGAAAUCCAGAAGCAUCGCGGAAAGUCCCUCCUGGACAUUCUGCUAGGCAACAACAGCUCUGAGACAUGUGGGGAAGACGUGUCGAAGCGAAGGACUGUUAUUGGCAAGGCCUUGAAGAUCCUGAACUUCGUUCAUACCGCCUUUGUGACACCACUGAGUGAUGCCGAUAACGAGGCCCUUCGUCAGAGCUCGGCAGAAGCAGAGGAUGCUGCACUCGAAGAUGCCAAGCGACGGCGGCUCCUCCAUGCCCUGCUGGAUUUGAUCUCUCUAGAGGGUAUUUAUCCCUCGCUCUCACAGGGAGUUGCGAUCCCGCUUCAGAAAAGAGUCAUAUCGGUCUUGCCCGCAGGCGUCAUCGCCCAGCAAGACCAAGCUCCUGCCCACGAGAGGCCGCAGGACGAAACCAUUCUCGAGCAGAUCAUAAUAGCACUUACAGAUAUAGUAUUUGACCCACGACCGAGUAUUCAGCCUGUAGUCCGUGGUCGUAUAUUAAGUGAUAUGAUCAGCGGGCUUUCGGAUCUAGGUUACAAUUCGACAGGGUUGACUGAUGACAAAAGGCUACAUUAUCGUCAUGGCCUUACCAAGCUGAUCGAAGAAACUCCCAGCACGGUAGUCCUUUCUACCCUCUCGCCGUAUCUUCAAUCGGAGCCAGCACCAUGGUUCAAAUUAGUUGUCUCUGGUUUCUUAUCUCGAAUACCCCUCCGGCCAGACGGGGUAUUGCAGACCAUGAUGUUUCUAGCUUCUCAGCUCGCACCCUCCCUCGGGGUCGAGUCGCAGACUCAAGUGUCCAAUGGUCCUCAUUUCACCGUACAGGCAAUCAUGCAAACAUCCCGUCUACUAUCAUCUGUACCACAAGGAAUGGAGGCGGAUGAGUACUUUACUAAGAUUGCUCCACAGCUGUUGAACUUGAUAGAUGGCGAAGAUCCGGAUCUGCGGAAGACCGCAGCAUACGUCGUUGGUAAUGGUAUCUUAUCGAAGCGAUUGUACGGGUCUCGUGGAAUGAUAGGCCACUCUAUCUUCUUAGUACCUAUCUUUGAGGCGCUCACCGCCAGCCUCAGCUCAUCUUCGAGACUAUGGCUGACUCGUGAAGACGAGUCUAACGAAUCAUCAGGACAGGUUCUGGUGGAUGAGGCAGUAUUAAUGCUGGCAAUUGACAGGCUGACCAGCCUAGUCCUCCAGCCUCCCAAUCCAGGCCUCGUCAAGAGAAUCGUCCAUCCAGUCCUUCUUCCCCUCUGGGGAAUGGCUUGCUAUGCAUUGGAACAUCAGGAGACCGGGCUGCACGAGAAGGUGCUGACUAUCUUGCAAGCAUACUUUGGUCUGUCAGGCGGACUAGAGCCAUUGAAGAAGCUAGUCGAUAAUUUGCUCUGGGAUGGGGGUUCUGCCUGGACCUACGGCAUACAACCUGAAAAGUCUGUAUCGCUGGUCAAGCGUGAUCCGGCAGAAACAAGCCGUAAUAUUAUCCGUCUCGUGGACAAUAUGCAGUUGCGGGCGAAGCUGUUCCUAAGUGUCCUAGGUGCCGAUUCUAAUAGCGAGGAAAGGACGGGCGAUAUCUUCCUCUAUGUCAGCGAGCGUUGGCUUGUGAACCCCUCCAACGAAUCAGCAACUCUUACCAACAUGAGACUUACACCGGAGGACGAAGACCCCUCCGAUUUAGUUCACAAGCUGGUUAGUGCUAAGCUGGCUGAAACCCUACUCGAUAAUUUCAAGGAUACACUCUCUCGUCGUCCUCUUAGGGUGCUCGAACUCAUCAAACAAAUCAUCGACGGCGAGCUCCACAGAGCAUAUACUCGAAAGAAAAAGAGAACCGAUCUGACAUCCGGGAAAAUGUCCCUUUCGUCUCUAGCCAGCAUUGUCAACACCGAAGAAGCCGGACAAGAAGCAGACCCGCAAUCGGACUCGACUGAAUCCUUGCCCGCCGUAUUCAGUCUGUUGUCAACAGUCCUCGCAUCCCCCGAAUUCACCACCUCCCCAGGAACAGUGCCAGUGCUCGAAAGCAUCAAAUCCAAACUUGACGAACUCAUCCCCUACCUCCCUGGCUCGCUAUCCAAGGCCGGCACAACCGCCGCCAUGCUCGCCGAGAUCCAACUCAGCGAGCAGUCCAGCGACAGCUCCAGUACCGCGAAAACCUCCUCCGAGAUCUCGGACUUCGAAACCCACCGCCGCGCACUCACCAACCUCAACUCCGACCUCGCCCCCAUCCAAGCCGAGGGCUUCUCCCUCCUCUCCACCCUGAUCAAGAAAUCCUCCCCGGUCCUCGACAUCCCAUCCACGCUCACCCUCCUCCUCUCCAUCAUCACCGACCCCUCAGACGAACCGCUCACGAACGACGAAUUCGUCUACCUGAACGCCAUCAAUCUCAUUGGCACCCUCGCCGCCCGCCACCCACGCACCGUCCUCAAAAACCUGGUCGACCGCUACAUCGACCGCCCCGAAGCCAGCGGCGGGCACGUCGACCAGCGCCUGAAAAUCGGCGAGGCCCUCCUGCGCACCGUCCAGGACCUCGGCGAGGCCCUCACGGGCGAGCCCGCCCGCCUCCUCGGCGAAGGGAUGAUCACCGUCGCCGGCCGCCGCGCCCACAAGCCCGAGGCCCAGAAGGCCCGUCGCGACCGCCUCGCCGCGGACCAACGCAAGAAGGAGCGCGAGGUCCGCAAAACAGAGCGCGAAGCGAAGGAGAUCAUCAUGCCCUCCGGCUGGUCCCUGGGACCGUCACCACAAAACACCACCGACACCAACACUAACACCCUCGACGACGAAGACACCGCCGACGACGAAGCAAACCCCACCCCCGAACAACUAGCACACUACGAAAACAUCAUCGCCGCCUGGGCCGCGGGCUCGCAAUCCGACGCCGAACCGGACGAUCUGCGCGUGCGCGCGUCGGCCCUCUCCAUCCUCGCCACCGCCAUCCGUACCAACAUCCUCGGCCUGGGCGUCUCGACCGUCGGCGCCGCGGUAGACCUCGCGCUGGCUACGUUGACGAUGGAGCCCGAGCCCGAGAGCGCGAUCCUGCGCCGCGCCAGCGUCGUGCUCCUGUCGGAUGUGCUGAAGGCAAUGGACACCGUGCGCGAGGAGAAAGGCGCCGACGCGUUAGGGUUCGGGUUCUCGUUGGCCGAGCAGGGUGCUACGGGUGAGAUGGGGGGAAGCUCGACCGUGAUUGGGAAUAUCCCGCGGAUGCUGCGGACCCUGAUGUUUGUGGAGAGCGGGGAGACGGAUCCUAUUGUGCGGGGCCAUGUGCGCGUCGUGAUUGAGAGUCUGGAGGCGUGGUUGGAGAAGGCUUUGCUAUGGGGGAUUGGGGCGGCGUCGUCGUCGUCGAGGAGUGCUGGGGAUGAUAAUGGGGGUCCAAGGUUGGAGUUGGGAGAUCGGAUUGCGGGGCUGAGGAUUGAUCCUUUGGCUGGAACUAGAGAGGCGAGUCUAAGGCCGAGGAUUGAGGAGAUUGAGUAG